UGCUCGCUGCCGGUGGGGCCCCCCGUCGAAGCUCUCCGGACCGCUCCGUCACCGCGAGGCGUGCGAAGUGAAUCGUGCAAAUCGAAUCAAAUCGGGAAACUAACAUCGUUCGGGAGUGCGACAAGUGUUUGUGUGCCGCGUGCGUGUGUUCAGUGUGGUUGUCCCAGUUUUGAAUCAUUUUUUUUCGGCGUUUAUCGCGAGUGUUUUAACAGCAUAGCGCUGUCAGUGCUUUUUCAUUUUUUUUUGGUGAAUGUGUGUGUGCGUCAGCGGGUAGCCAGGUCGCCCGUGUCAAUAGUGUUGGAUUAACUCGUCGACCACGCGCCUAACUUUCUGUGGAUACUCUUCGCCCUGCGGGCAGAUUCAUCGGAGUGUGCUGUUGGUUGAUGCCGAAGACAGUCUCUAACGGAAUACCUUCACCAUGAUGACCCUGUACAGAACCAUCCGCGGCACGGGGACCAGCAAACGGAUACGCGAUAGAAGCUGCGGGCCGCCGCUGCCUCCAGCCCCGGCCGGCGACAUGGUGUCCCGGAGGCGAAUCCUGUCGCGGUCCAGGGACGACCUGAACCUGGACUCGACGUUCGUGGCGCAGCAGGAGGAGGAGGAGGACGUCUGGUACAACAAGGACAAGCUGUACAAGGACCACAUCCAGGAGGUGCUGGACAAAUGGACGCAGAUCGACGACGAGAUCUGGGCGAAGGUGAUCGUCUUGGAGAGGAACAGGCGCGUUGCCAAGGCGUACGCCCGCGCCCCUGUGCUCACCGUCAACGGCUCGGACGACGGCUUCGACGGCUUUCGGAUUGGCUUAUGCGGCUUCGAUAACCCGAUGCGAGACCAGAAGACGGACGAGCUCAAGCGACACAUCGGCCACGGCAUCAAGGUGAAGAUGGACGACCAGGGCAACAUCCUGGUGAAGCGCGUCUCCAAGUGCAACGUGUACGUCAAGAGCACCGCGCAGGGCGACGAGACGGCCAUCGGCAACGACGUGCUCAAGCUGCCCAACUGCGCUCUGGAGCUGGAGAAGCCCGUCAAGCUCUUCGACAUGAAGAAGUUCCAGCAGAACGUGUCGCGGGAGCUGCGGCGCGCCUACCCCGACAGACGCCGCCUGGAGUGCCAGUGCCUGUCCGCGGUGGCCUUCGUGCGCGCCGAGCCGGACCUGCUGGACUGCCCCAUCUGGAUCCUGGUCAUCAACGUGGUCGCCAUGGACAUGCUCAAAUCCAAGCUGCCUCCAGUGAAACGCGUGGUGGACAUCCGCAACCGGCCGCGCAUCCCCAUCCCGGACGAGGACCCCUACAGCGUGGCGGGCAGCGGCGGCUCCUCCGGCUCCUCGUCGGGAGCGAGGGAGAGCGCCCAGCUGCAGCAGCAGCCGGCGCCGCAGGGCCUGGGGCAGCACAAGCUGGGCCGUCGCAGCGACAAGCCGCCCAAGCUGCCGCCCAGGGACAACACCCCGUACCCACACGACAUACCCAAGGUGACCCAAAGUCCCCGAUGGUCCCUCCCCCACAUUUUCGUCAGCAAGCCUGACUACGACGACAUCGAGGACGAGAACCGCCUCAAGCCCUUCGCGUCGUCGCGCGGCCAGAACAAGAAGGACGCCAAGAAGUUCGACGACCCGUACUACUGCGGCCUGCGCGCCAGGGUGCCCAACUUCGUCAAGUCCAAGUCCGGCAAGGAGCAGCAGCGCGACGCCCGGGACCAGCAGGCGCAGCAGCAGCAGCAGCGGCAGGCGGAGCUCCUCCACUCCCUCCACAACCCCUACGGCCGCCUGCCCCUCCCCGGCAACCCCCACUUCCUCCCCCCGCCCCCUCACCAGCCCCACAUGUGGCACGCGCGCUCCUACGACAGCGGCAUGGACUCCGAGGCCCUGGACUCGCCCUACAACCACAUCUACGGCCGGCUGCGCAUCCCCACCAGGGCGUACAUCCCGCCCCAGCCGCGCACCAUGUACAUCGGGGAGUGGGACUGAGCCGCCGCGCGCGGUCCAUUCUGUUUAGUAUUUACUCCCCCCUCCCCGGUCCGCACCGCGCCGCGACACGCCCGGCGCCACCACCCACUACACGCUUCUGGUCACCGCGACUGCGGACGCCGCGGACUUGGCGCGGACGCCGUCGACGCGGCGGGCCAGGCGGGCCGGGCGGGCGGACGGACAAUUGGUAGGAGUCAGGACCGGGAGGGCUGUCUGUGAUGCGAGAGGGCCGUGCGGGCCGUGUGCCGUGUGCAGGCGAGGACGUAGGCAUAAGGCUUAUAAGACACAAGAUUACCGUACUGAUUUCGUUUUACACUGUGUCGCCGCGUGCGCUGCCAGGCGGUCGUGUGUGUUUUGUUUGUGUUAUUUUUUUUUUCGUCUCUUAUUUAAGUCCCCUAACACGCGUGCGUGUCAUGUUGUGAAAGAGAUUACAGUGUAAUCCAGCAUACCUUUACAUAACAUAAGUCUUUAUAGGAAGCUUUUUUUCUAAUUUUGUUUGUGAAUGACUCAAUUGUUUAUAACGUGUUUGUUUUAAGUGAGAGUAGGCUAUUUUUGUACAUAAUGUGUUGUGCAUUGAGUGCAAGUGAGCGUUAGGCAGGUUCUAUUUUUAAUUGUGUUGAGAAACCGUUUAUACGUGUACAUAACUGUAAAUUCCGUGUAAAUUCGCCGGGGAGAGUGUGGUGCGCGCCUUCGGGCUUCGGGCGCCGUGUUCCGGGGUUAACCCUGAGAUUUGUCCGACGCAAAGACCCGUAACCUCUUUGGCCUUGGACUUAUUUCAACUCGUGGCACGGCAGCCAUGGAGCGCGCCAGCGAGGGCCAGGGCCACUCUGCGCGCUGUGCGCGGAGUGUCGUGAGAGCAGAUUUUAUUUAUUUGUAAAUACGGACCUCUUUCGUGUCAUCGCUUAGAAAGAGAGUGUUUUCUUUUUCUACCCGACGAUGGACCAGAGUUGUGCGUGGCAACGCCUCUUCGUCGGAGUGAGACCGUUUACACCUCGAGAGUGAAGUGUAACCCUUUAAUUAGUCCUAGAGUUAAUGAGGCCGCGUCUCUUUGUUACCUUACCGCCAGACCGAGCCUGUGGCAGCCCUUGGCCUGUCUGGCCUGGCUCAUGUUCGAUUUCUCGAUAAUAAUUAAGGUUCGGCUCGCCAUUUACGCAGCAAGACGCGUGCGUUGCGCUUGAAUACUUAAUUCUAAUCAAGAGAACUAGAUUGAUAGAUUAGUGUGUCCCAUUACCAUUAUGUGUGUCAAGAGUCCUUUGAGUUUAAGCGAUAAUCUUAAGUGCCCUGUGCAAAUGUGUUGUCAGAUAAUUAUCUUAAAAUAUUUUUUUACAAAGGUUCUGUAAAUAUGAUUUACAUGCUUUCUCUAAGACAAUGCAAUAAAUAUUGGUGAUGGCAAAAGUA